UGAUCAAAUGAUGACUGUUUGCCUGUUCGUCGUGGUUCGUCGCUCGAGUGCCGCCAAUUGUCACCAGCAAUACGUCACCAAACUUGCUGCAUGAUAAUUGCUCGUGAGACCGAUCGCCGCUCCGAAAUAUUGUGCAUGUGGCACGCACAUUGGAUGGAUUGGCUAUAAUCAUCAAUGCUUUCUCUGUAGUUAAAAUAAUUUUACUAACUCUUUUGGAGAUGAGGGGGCUCAUAUUUUUUUACAUACUCUCAUUAUGCUCCAGUCAUCUUGGAGCUGACAAAAUCAACAAAUAUGUAACAACUUUAAUAAAUGCCAAAUGGAAUGAAACGCCUCUUGUUCUCGAGGCAGCUGAAUAUCUUAGCGAUGAGAAUUCAAAUUACUUUUGGAAAUUUAUCGAUUCAUGUUCCAGGUUUACUAAUCUUGUACAGGCAACACAGGAGGAUUAUUAUCGCUUAAGUCUGGAAUUGGCUGAAGAGUUUCUAUCUCAGUCUGAAAUAGCAGUUUUUAAGUUAGGAUUGUCUUUACGUAUAUAUUCCUCACGUGUGGAAAUGUUCUCUCAAAUGGCUGUGAAUAAAAAUGUUUCUUCAUAUGGAUGCAACAAUGUUGUUAAUAUUGGUGGAACAUUUACUUGUUCUUUAGCAGAUAUAGAUAAGCUGGUUGAUCAGGAUACAUGGGAAAAUGUAGAUACCUAUGAUGUAGAUCAUCGAUAUUUAAGUACUCCUGAAUCUGAUAAAAUAAUAAUAUUGUAUGGCCAGGUUGGAACUCCUAUGUUCACCGAUUUUCAUGAAAAGCUAAAAAACAUAGCAGAAACAAAAGGGAUCAAUUACAUUCUUCGUCAUUAUGUUAAGGACAGGGAGGAGAAGAAAUUGCGUUUAUCAGGCUAUGGUGUAGAAUUACAAAUGAAAUCUACAGAAUACAAAGCUACUGAUGAUUCUGAUAUUGAAGACAACACAGGGAAAAGCUCUGAAAUGGCAAAUGAUGGCAUGGAGGAAAUUGAAGGGAUCAACUUUAUGAUUUUAAAGAAACUAUAUCCAGAUCAACAAGCUGAAUUAGAUAAAAUACAAACGUAUUUACUGGAAACUAGUCAUGAGAUUGGUGCUUUUAAAGUAUGGCAGUUUCAAGAACUGAGUCACCAGGCAGCUGAAAGGAUAAUGAAGUCUCCUUCUGCAGAAGCAUUAAAUAUCUUGACUGAUAUAUCGCAAAAUUUUCCUAUGCAAGCAAAAUCGCUAAUUCGAACUAAAGUAAAUAGCGAUAUGAAGAAAGAGAUGAAAUUGAAUCAAGAAAUAUUUAUGGCAAGUUUAAAUAUACAACCAACUGACACAGCGCUUUUCAUCAAUGGCUUAUUUUUUGACUUGGAAGCUAUUGAUAUUUUAACCCUUUUAGAAUCUUUGAGAAGUGAGCUACGAGUGAUGGAAGCUCUUCAUAAAAUUGGGUUCAGUAAUAAAAAAAUGAGUAAACUAUUAGCUUUGGAUUUAUCUGGAGGUACGGAUAAUCAAAACUUUGCAAUGGACAUAAGAGAUUCCGCAAUUAAUUGGAUCAACGAUAUCGAAAGUGACCCACGUUACAGUAAUUGGUCACCGUCGUUAACUGAAUUAUUACGGCCAACAUUUCCUGGCAUGCUUAGAAAUAUUAGAAGAAAUUUAUAUAAUCUAGUAUUAAUUAUUGAUCCUCUAAGUGAAGAUUCCAUGCCACUAAUAACUUUAGCGCAAUCUCUCUAUGCGCAUUCCGCACCACUAAGAGUAGGAUUUGUCUUUGUGACAAAUUAUAAUACAUCUGUAACAGGUUUAAUGGAUGCCAGUGUUGCAGUUAAUAAUGCGUAUCAUUAUUUUGCAGACACUAGAAGUCCGAAAGAAGCUUUACAUUUUCUGUCAGAGUUAGGAAAUUACAUCGGACAAUCUGGUGCUGACGUAGAUGAUAUUAAAAAAGUUAUUAGAUCCAAAGACUCGUCCGCUAGUAUACCGUACAUUCUUGGUGAAGAGUCGGAAUACGACGUAGGACGGCAUUUGGCUAGCGACUUUAUAAAACGAUGUGGUUUCAAGAAAUUCCCACAAGCUUUGUUGAACGGUGUACCUUUGACGCCUAAUCAGAUUAAUUCUGAAUCGUACGAGGAAGCAGUGUUAUCUACUAUUAUGUCACAGACACCUAUGUUGCAAAAAGCAGUCUAUCGAGGUGAAGUAACAGAAGGAGACGACAUUGUUGAUUUUCUCAUGAAUCAACCAAAUGUUAUGCCACGAUUGAAUGAGCGUAUUUUGAAGGUGGACAAGAAUGCAUGGUUAAAUUUAAUAGGUACACUUCCUAAAGAUGUUGACUAUAUUAACUUAACUUCUCAAGAUUUGUCAACUUAUUUAAUGGAGAAAAUGCAUUACUUCUUUGUACCGCGUCGUAAUACGCGUCAUCUAUAUUCCUUCUGGGUUGUAGUUGAUUUAAAAUCAUUAUCUGGCAGACAAUUACUACGAGAGGCCCUUGAAUAUGUAGAAUCAAAUACUGAUGCGCGAAUUAGUAUUAUUAUUAACGCAAAAAAUGACGCAAAUCUCAACUCUGAUAUUAAUAAAAUUGUGCUUGCUGCAGUAAGUACAUUGUCACCAGAAAAAGCUAUACUUUACACUCGUAAAAUCCUUAGAGAAGACAAUGCUGAGCUCAUUGCUGAUGGUAACUUUAAAAUUGAGGAUGAAUCUGUGGCGACAAUCUUAGAGGAUCAAAAUUAUCGAUCGAUAUUAUCAUUACAUCAACAUUAUGUUAAAACUGUUCUAAACAUGGAGUUAGGAGCAAGAGCAGUUUUGUGCAAUGGCCGUAUUAUUGGCCCCUUGGAUAAUAACGAAGAAUUUACAAGUGAAGACUUUUCGUUAUUAGAAAGAUUUAGUCAAAGCACUUAUGGCGAGAAAUUAUUUAUGAAAUUGAUAAAGGAUCAAAUCUUCAAUGAAGAUGAAUACGAAGAAAAUAAUAUUACGGAUGAUACGAUUAUGAAGAUUACUUCACUCUUAGUGCCACGUCCACAAACUCGAAGUCGGUAUGAUGUUCCUUUUCAUGGAGAUGAUCAUAGCGUCAUCAAAAUUCCAGCAGCCAAUUCCAAUAAAGUUGCCUUCAACUUCAUUGCCAUUGUAGAUCCAGUUUCACGUGGCGCUCAAAAAUUGGGACCGAUAUUGAAAACGUUACAACAAGCUUUAAAUUGUAAUAUAAAAGUAUUUUUGAAUUGCGUAGACAAGAAUAGCGAUAUGCCGUUGAAGAGCUUUUAUCGAUUUGUGCUCGAACCUGAAUUGCAGUUUACAACAAAAGGAGAUAUUAGUGGUUCUAUCGCAAAAUUUACAAAACUUCCCACUUCAUCAUUAUUAACCCAAUAUAUUCACGCACCUGAGAACUGGCUUGUAGAAGUAGUUCGCAGUGUUUAUGAUUUAGAUAACAUUAAGCUCGAUAAUGUUGCGAUGGGUGUACACAGUGAAUUUGAGUUAGAAUACUUGCUGCUCGAAGGUCACUGUUUUGAAGCAGUAAUGGGGAAUCCACCAAGAGGCCUUCAGUUCACAUUGGGUACCGAGAAACAGUCCAUAAUGGUUGAUACUAUAGUAAUGGCCAAUCUCGGCUACUUCCAACUCAAAGCAAAUCCCGGCGAAUGGGUAUUGCGUCUUCGGCAAGGACGAUCCGCAGAAAUAUACGACUUUACUACUGUUGAUGGGCAGGACGUUAUUCAGAAUGGCAACGAUGUGAAAGUUCUAUUAAGUUCUCUUAGGAGUCACGUGUUGAAAGUAAAGGUUUCCAAGAAGCCAGACAAGGCAAGGCUUGAUCUCUUAUCGGACAACGAAAAAGAUUCCGGACUAUGGAAUUCCAUUUCUAGCAUUGCCAAAUUUUGGACAUUUACGGCGACAGAUGAAAAUGAAGAUAAAGAUGAGAAAUUAAAUAUCUUCUCUCUUGCUUCGGGACAUUUAUACGAAAGAUUCUUAAAGAUCAUGAUGCUAAGUGUUAUUAAACACACUAAGACACCAGUUAAAUUUUGGUUCUUAAAAAAUUACCUGUCACCAACGCUAAAGGACUUUUUGCCACAUAUGGCUAAGGAAUAUGGUUUUGAAUACGAACUUGUUCAAUACAAAUGGCCCCGUUGGCUUCAUCAACAAACUGAAAAACAAAGAACUAUUUGGGGAUAUAAAAUCCUAUUUCUCGACGUAUUAUUCCCAUUGAAUGUUAAGAAAAUAAUAUUUGUUGACGCAGAUCAGGUGGUAAGAGCGGAUUUGAAAGAAUUAGCAAAUAUAGAUCUCAACGGCGCACCUUACGCGUACACGCCAUUCUGUGACAGUAGAACCGAAAUGGAUGGAUUUAGAUUUUGGAAGCAGGGAUAUUGGAGAAAUCACUUGCAAGGUCGUGCUUACCAUAUCAGCGCAUUAUAUGUAGUCGAUCUCAAACGAUUCCGUCGUAUUGCUGCUGGAGAUAGACUACGAGGACAGUAUCAAGCAUUGAGUCAAGAUCCAAAUAGUUUAUCAAAUCUUGAUCAGGAUCUCCCUAAUAAUAUGAUCCAUCAAGUGGCUAUUAAGACACUACCGCAGGAGUGGCUGUGGUGUGAAACCUGGUGCGACGAUACAUCAAAGAAAUACGCCAAAACUAUAGAUUUAUGUAAUAACCCGAUGACUAAGGAAGCGAAAUUACAAGCAGCCAUGCGUAUCUUGCCCGAAUGGGUAGGUUAUGAUGAAGAAAUUAAAACUUUGCAACAGAAAGUAGAGAAUGCAAACAGACAGACGGAGAAAGAUAGUGAAACUAUUGAUCAUGUCUCAAGCCACAAUGAAUUGUAAAUUACAUUUAUACAUAUAUGACGAUCUGAGGGAUAUAUCAAACUCGAAGAUUGCCGAUCAAAUUUUAUAAAAUUCUGUAUAAAGAAAUUCUCGUUUACGCUACAGUAACAAGCGUCAAUACGUAAAAGUUUCCAUAUUUCACUUUUGUAAGUAACACUAGGCACUUUAUGUGUAAAUAUUUGCCACUGGUGCUCUCGUGUAAGUUCUCAAAAAUAAGGAUAUAUUGAGAAAGCUGA